GGGUCAGCCUCCCCUGACAGGUGCCCUCAGGCCAGUGGGGGAUGGCAAAAGCAAGCAGGGGCCAAGGGGACCGGCUGGCUCCGGCCUCAGCAGGCCGUGCUGGCUGUUUGUGCCAUGCUGGAGAAGGGGGUGGAUGGGGCGGUGGUUAUAAGUGCUACCGCCCAGGGCCAUGACCCCAGAACUGUACCCUGUGAGGCUGUGUGAGACACCCCAAGAUGAAGCUGCCGGGCCAGGACGAGCUGGAUGUCUCCAGUUCCUGUGAAAAUGGGCCUUCGGGAGAGCAGAAUGGUGGUGCUGACCCCAGCCCUGAUGGCCCCUCGGACACAGACUGCAGAGAAGUGGGGGAGCCCCGGGAUCCUCUGCUCUUCGUCCAGCUGAACGAGCUGCUGGGCAGGCCGCAGGCACUGGGCUGGAGACAGACAGGCAGGUGGGUGGUGUUUGAAGAGAAGUUGGAGGUGGGUGCAGGUCGCUGGAGCGCCCCCCACGUGCCCACCGUGACACUGCCUGGACUCCGGAAGCUGCGGGCGGCGCUGGCCUCGGGCUUGGUGCUGCUCGACUGCCCGGCUCAGAGUCUCCCCGAGCUCGUGGAGCAGGUGAGCGCGGUGGAGUGGCUGAGCCCUGAACAUCAGGAGCUGCUGCGGGCGCUGCUGCUGCAGAGACCCCUGCACGGGGGCCAGACCCCAGGCACCAGGCGCUGCCCAGGGCAGCUCUCCCUGUCCAUCUUUCUCAUCCUGUGUCUCCUUGAACCCGCCCAGUGCCGCAGCCCCCUGCGGCAGGUGCUGCCUCCAGGGACAGAGGCGGGGGUCGUGCUGGCAGGGGCGCUGGGCUUCCUGGAGCAGCCGCUGGCUGUCUUCGUGCGCCUGCAGGAGCCUGCGAUGCUGGAGGCCGUCGUGGAGGUGCCGCUCCCCUGCAGGUUUUUCUGCCUCCUCCUUGGCGUCCCCAAACAGGCCAAGGGCUACCAUGAGAUGGGCCGGGCAGCUGCUGUCCUCCUCAGCGACCCGCAAUUUCAGUGGUCAGUUCGCCAGGCCAGCAGCCCUUGCGACCUGCUAGUUGCCCUGGAUGCCUUCUUGGAGGAGGUGACAGUACUCCCCCCGGGUCGGUGGGACCCGACAACUCGACUCCCCCCGCCUAAAUGUCUGCACAAAAGGCUCCCCCCGCAAUUGCGGGAGACCAAGGGCACCGCUGCCCGGCGUGGGGCUUCGGCGGACAAGCACGGCCAGGAGCUGCAGCGCACAGGCAGACUCUUCGGGGGCCUUGUCCAGGACGUGCGUAGAAAGGCCCCGUGGUAUCCCAGCGAUUUCUUGGACGCCCUGCACCCCCAGUGCCUUUCAGCGGUGCUCUACAUUUACCUGGCUACCGUCACAAAUGCCAUCACCUUCGGUGGGCUGCUGGGAGAAGCCACCGACCGUGCCCAGGGGCUGCUGGAAAGUUUCCUGGGCACGGCAGUGGCUGGAGCAGCCUUCUGCCUGCUGGCCGGCCAGCCCCUGACCAUCCUCAGCAGCACGGGGCCAGUGCUGGUCUUCGAACGCCUGCUCUUCUCCUUCAGCAGAGAUUACGGCCUGGACUACCUGCCCUUUCGCCUGUGGGUGGGCAUCUGGGUGGCCACCUUCUGCCUGGCACUGGUGGCCACAGAGGCCAGUGUGCUGGUGCGCUAUUUCACCCGCUUCACCGAGGAAGGCUUCUGUGCUCUCAUCAGCCUCAUCUUCAUCUAUGACGCCGUGGGCAAAAUGCUGAGCCUGGCCCAGGCCUACCCCAUCCAGACAUCGGGCACUCCCGCCUAUGGCUGCAUCUGCCAGUACCCGGACCCAGGGGGAAAUGAAUCUCAAUGGACAGUGCCAAGGCCUGAAGACAGAGACAACAAGCUCAGCCUGGACCUAGGCCUGGUCAAUGUGUCCUUGAUGCCCCCAUCUGAGUGCACCCAGCGAGGCGGUCGCCCUCGUGGGCCCGGCUGCCACACGGCCCCGGACAUCGCCUUCUUCUCCCUGCUCCUCUUCCUCACCGCCUUCCUUUCGGCCACGGCUCUCCAGCACAUAAAGUCCAGCCGCUUCUUCCCAUCCAUGGUACGCAAGGUUCUGGGUGACUUCUCCUCCGUCCUGGCCAUCCUGCUGGGCUGCGGCCUCGAUGCCCUCCUGGGCCUGGCCACACCGAAGCUCAUGGUGCCUCGUGAAUUCAAGCCCACACUCCCUGGGCGAGGCUGGCUGGUGUCACCUUUUGGAGCCAACCCCUGGUGGCUGAGUGUGGCGGCCGCCCUGCCGGCUCUCCUGCUGUCCAUCCUCAUCUUCAUGGACCAACAGAUCACAGCGGUCAUCCUCAACCGCUCUGAGUACCGGCUGCGGAAAGGAGCCGGUUUCCACCUGGACCUCCUCUGCGUGGCGGUGUUGAUGCUGCUCACGUCUGUGCUGGGGCUGCCCUGGUACGUGUCGGCCACCGUCAUCUCCCUGGCCCACAUGGACAGUCUCCGGAGAGAGAGCAGAGCCUGUGCCCCAGGGGAGCCUCCCAGCUUCCUGGGUAUCAGGGAGCAGAGGCUGACAGGCCUAGUUGUAUUCAUCCUCACAGGCGUCUCUAUCUUCCUGGCACCUGUGCUCAAGUUCAUCCCAAUGCCGGUGCUCUACGGCAUCUUCCUGUACAUGGGGGUGGCGGCCAUGAGCGGCAUCCAGUUCACAAAGAGGGUGCAGCUGUUGCUGAUGCCGGCCAAACACCAGCCAGACCUCCUGUUCCUGCGUCACGUGCCUUUGAGCCGGGUGCACCUCUUCACAGCCAUCCAGCUGGCCUGCCUGGCUGUGCUGUGGAUUGUCAAAUCCACGCCCGCGGCCAUCGUCUUCCCCCUCGUGCUGCUGGGCCUGGCCGGGGUCAGGAAGGCCCUGGAGUGGGUCUUCUCCGCUCAGGAACUCCUGUGGCUGGAUGAGCUGCUGCUAGAGGAGCAAAGCCUCCAGGAGAAGGGGACAGUGCCAGAGGACGCCUUCAGUGGAAGUGACAGUGAAGAUUCAGAGCUGAUGUAUCAGCCAAAGACUCCGGAAAUCAAGAUCUCUGUGAAUUAGCUGGAUUGGGACCUGGGGAGUGGAGCCUGCAGGAAAAUGAGCGUGAGCCUCAAGAUCUGACCACAUCACGUCUGCUCAGUUCACAGGGGAUGCUGAAGAAGUCAAGAAAUGGCUGACUUACUGCCAGAUGCUCAGGCAGCUGGGAACCUGGGACAUGGGAGAAGACUGAUGGGCAGUGAGCCAAGACCUCAGUCACCCACCUGAACCCGGGGUGGAGAGGGGCAGGGAAUAAGCAGGUUGGUUAGUGGUUAGGAAGGGCUGGCAAGGCAGCAGGACUGACCAGGCCCCACUCUGCCAUGAAAAGGAUCCGAGUCCACAGAACCCUUCCCACUCUGAACUUGCUGCCUUCAAAUUCCCUGACAUGAUCUGGGGGUUAUCAGGGAACUCUUUCCAGCUUGCAAAAGUAAGGAAAAAGUCCCUCUCUCCAGAGUUAUUAGUCUUCUUUUAAAACACAUAUAAAAUUAUCUUUGAGGCCAGGAGAGAACUUCAAUGGUAGAGUUCAUGCCUUGCAUGUGUGAGGCCCUGAGUUUGAUCCCUGCCAUUGCCUUCUGACCUGUUGGCUUCCACAUUAUAGACCAAUGUGGCCUAUAAUUUAAAAAAAAGUAAAUUAAUAUAUAGUGACUGGAGUGAUAGGACAGCAGGCAGGGUGUCUGCCUUGCAUGCAGCCAACCCAGUUCGAUUCCUGGCAUUUCUAUGAUCCCCUGAUCCCACCAG